AUGGCUGUCAAAUUGGUAUCUGGCGCUUUCCAGCUGUCGUUACUACCCGAAGGCGAUCUCCCUACCUAUCUUGACGUUUUGAAGAAGCAUGGUAUUCAGGAAUUGGACACCGCCCGGAUAUACCCUAAUAGCGAGGAAUUUUUAGGUGCUCAUGGCAUUUCUAAGAGCUUCAUAAUUGACACUAAAGCGCGUGGAUUCUCUCCAGGCUCGCUUUCGAAAGAGAGCAUUACCAAAUCCAUUGAGGAAUCGUUCGAUCUUCUGAAGGUGGAAAGCGUCGAGAUUUUCUACCUGCACUGUCCAGAUCCGGACACACCACUGGAAGAAACUCUGAACACCAUUGGUGCGUUGUACAAGGAGGGGAAAUUCAAGAAGUUUGGCGUUUCCAAUUUUCCUCCGGAGGACGUGCGCAAAAUCUACAAUUACAACAAGGAAAAGGGCUACGUCUUGCCUUCGGUUUACCAAGGCAACUACAACGCAUUUUCCAGAAAAAUCGAAAAGACUUUGUUCCCGGUUUUGGCAGAGCUCAAAAUUUCGUUUUACGCCUACUCUCCAAUUGCAGGUGGAUUUCUAGCCAAGACCCCGCAACAAGUGGCAAAUGGCGAUGGUCGUUUUUCCUACGAAAGUUUUGCCGGAAAGAUGUACAAUAGCCUUUACAACAAACCCACUCUGAUUAAAGGUUUAGAGCAGUGGAAUGAGCUUGCAGAAAAGGUCGGUAUCACCUCUGGGUCCUUGGCGUACCGUUGGAUUGCCCACAACUCAUAUUUGAAGAGAGCAUCCGGUGACGCUGUCAUCAUUGGAGCCAGAAACUCUGCUUCCAUGGCUCAAAACAUUGAGGCAAUCGAGCAAGGUCCUUUGGAACCAGAGGUCGUUAAGGAAAUUGAUCAGAUAUGGGAGCUUAUCGCGAAUGAAGCGCCGCUUGACAACUACACUCAAUUAAAAGCAUAG